AUGCACGUACGCGUAGCGGUCACAGUCGCGUGGUUUCUUGCCCGUCAGGCGGUGGCACAGGGAAUCGGUAAUACGGAUACGCACCCGCAGCUUACGACGGAGAAGUGCACUAAGGCGGGCGGCUGCGUCAGGCAAAACACGUCUAUCGUCCUGGACGCGAGCUUCCACCCUCUACGGCAGGUCGACGGAACCAGUAGCUGCGGGGGGUAUGACGGCGCGUUGAACAGGGAGCUAUGUCCAGACCACGAGACGUGCGCCAAGAACUGCGUUUUCGACGGCGCCGACUAUGAGGGCAAUGGCGUGCUUGCGGACGGGAACAUCCUUACACUGAAUAUGUACGGAGAGCGCGAUGGUAAGCUUGCGACGCUGACUCCGCGCGUGUACCUGCUAGACGUGAAUGAAGAUGAUUAUGAGAUCCUACAUCUUAAGAAUCAGGAGAUCAGCUUCGAUGUGGAUGUGUCGAAGCUGAUUUGUGGUAUGAAUGGCGCGAUGUACCUUGCCGAGAUGAAUCAGACUGGAGCCCGCAGCGCUCUCAACCCGGCUGGUGCGAAGUACGGGACUGGAUACUGUGAUGCGCAAUGCCCGAGCCUGCCGUUUAUCAACGGCGUGGCCAAUAUCGACUCCCGAGGGGCUUGCUGCAACGAGAUGGACCUCUGGGAAGCCAACUCGCUGGCCUCGGCAUUCACUGCUCACGCAUGCAGCCAGCCGGGCGUGUACGAGUGCAAAGGGGACCAGUGCGGCACCCUGGGCGUCUGCGACAAGUCCGGAUGUGCGUACAAUAACUGGAAAAUGGGCAACACAACUUACUAUGGUCCUCGCACGCCUCCGCCGGGCUCAUCGGAUAACGGCAAUUUGACGCGGUUUACCGUCGAUACUACGCGUCCGUUCACUGUAACGACACAAUUUCUCACGCAGGGGAAUCCGGCAGAUAUUACUAAGGGAAUAUUGAACGAAGUACGAAGACUAUACGUUCAGGAUGGCGUGGUGAUUGAGAAUGCACCGGUGAUAGCUCGUAACAUGCCUCCGGGGGACUCGCUACGCAUGUCGCACUGCCAGGCCGUAGCCGACAACUUCGAGAACAUGGGCGGACUGACGAACACGGGACAGGCCCUAGACAGGGGAAUGGUGCUGGCGUUUAGCAUCUGGAACGACGACAAGCAGUUCAUGAACUGGCUGGACGCGGGAAAUGCUGGGCCGUGCACGUAUGAAGAGGGUAACCCGGAGCUCAUCCGGAGCAAGCGGCCAGAUACUAGCGUUACGUUUAUGAAUAUUAGGUGGGGAGAUCUGGGGAGCACUUAUAACAACGGUACGGCAUCGUGA